AUGAAGGGCGUUUCCAGCUACAUUCCGACGCUGGGCAACCUGGUGUUUGUGUGCUUGGUUCCUUUCCUCAUACUGAGCGCCGCUGCGGCGCUGGUAUUUUAUAUCAAAGAGUACGUACCGGCGCCGGGUCGGGCGGUGUGGUGCGUGUACGAAGUCGAGUCGGUGUCCACGCGAGACUACAGCCCGAGUGACAUGCCACGCUACCUGUGCAGCACCUUCGUGUACGCCCAUGUGACGCUCGUGAGACGAGGACGGCUGGCACCCAAGGACAGCUACCAGGACGCGGUCAAAAAGUUGCAGUCAGCGGCUCAAGACCCUCGCCGCGACGUCUACGUAGCCCUGGCAGGACCCGGCACACCGUCUGGUGUGGCGUCAGAGACCGCGUCGUCGACCCGUUACCGGACGCAGCUGUGCGAGGGCUUGGAAGACGUCUUGGAGGACAUGGACCUCCAGGGCGCGACGUUCCACUGGCCGUCGCCAUACUCCGACACGCUAGGGGACGCUAAAGUCGCGCAGCAAUUUUUCAGUGCUAUGGAGACGUGUCUCGGCGCCUUUUCCAAGAAGAUGGCGCUGGUAGUCCCCAGUAAUGAAGGCGACAGGAAACGCUUCUUUCCGUUUAUCGACGGCGUAAGGCAUUCGUACAACGUAGUGUACUGGACGCACAACCUGCACGAGAUUCCUGACCAUGACACAUUGGCGCGCUGCACUGUCAACUUGCCAGACAUCGUAAGCCUCGCUUCUUAA